AUGGAUGUCAGGGAGGAAAAGCAUUUUAACCCUAAACUUCAGACUAGCAAUUUCAGGACAGCCUUGAAGGGCCUUGAAAAACUGAUUGAACGUACAGCGGCACAGAAAAGAGAUGAAAGAGCAGGCUUGUUUGUCCAAAAAGAUGCCAUUGAUUAUGACAAGUUUUAUGCAGCCACACAGGAACUCUUUGGUCCAGAAGUGAAGAAUCAAGAUGUGAAAUGCUUUUACAGAAAACUCUGCAACAACCCUCAUGCAUCUAUGGACUGGUGUGAGAUCUUUGGGUACUUCUCCGAAGAAGAUUCUCUUGCUUCCCAGGUGGAUGAAGACAAUUUGGUUUUCCUCGUUUCUAGGAAACAGCGAAUUAUCAUUUCAGGUAGCAGAAGACGAGAUGUGAUUAAGGGCAUUGUCAAGAUUCCUCAUCUAGAUUUAUUAAUAGCAGCUUCUCAGAAAGGAUUAAUAACAGUCUUUAAUAGCCAGAUGAGAGUUCUAAUCAGCGCCAAUGUUACAGACACCUCCUGGAUUACUGGAUGCGAUUACCUCCCACAGCUGAAACGGAUUGUUGCUGCUACAGAAAGGACCAUUAUUGUCUGGGAUUAUAAAGCUCAGGGGAGCGGCAAGGAAAACUAUUGCAUCAUCAAGCCUAUGGAUCACUGCCUCCUCUGCGUGUGUGUAGUGUCUCCGUCUGACCAGAUCUGCCGAGAUGACAUCCUCUUGGGGGAUGAUGGUGGUUUCGUGAACAAAUUCACAUUAAAUAGUGAUGAUUUUGGACUAAAGCAGGCAAAAUCCAGAAAGAAAUUACAAAAUCAGGUCCUAGACUCAAAGAAUUUUAAAAGCGUUAAAAGGAAGUUACACAAUGACUGGGUUAUGAAAAUCAAAUACAUUUCAUCUCUAAAUUGCUUUGGAUCCUGUUCCUUAGACAGUGUUCAUUCAUUAGUUUUGGAAUCCUUGAAGAGACUGGAGGACUCUCUGCCUGUCAGAGAGUUUGCCAUGCCAAGAGGAGCAAACACUUUUUGUUACUGCACAAAAGCAAAUAUGAUUGUCACUGGAGGGAAUGAUAAAGUGCUCCGGUUAUGGCAUCCCAACAUCAGCACCAAGCCUGUGGGGAAACUUGUGGGGCACAUGUUCACUAUCACUGAGAUUGUAACAAAUGAGAAAGAUCAACACGUCAUCAGCCUUUCCUCUGCAAAGGUUUUUAGGGUGUGGGAUAUACAGACUCUUUCACUAUUACAAGUCUUCCACGACAGCCAGGGAGGGCCAGGAGACAUGCAGAUUUAUUCUAUGAUAUAUGAUUCCAACCACGGCAUGCUUGUCACAGGGUCCAGUGUCAUGGACAUGUAUCCUUUGACUAGGAUGGUACAAGAUACAAAACAGGUUCCUCACACUCACGAACGAGAAAUCAAUGUCAUGCUUUACAACAAAUAUUUUCACCAAGUACUUACUAUCUGCUCUGAGUCCAUAAUUAAGGUAUGGGAACUCGAAACUGGCCUCCAAAUAUACGAGAUUUUAGAUCCUCAUGGCUUCAACGUUGAACUGACUUCUGCAGCUGUUGAUGAAAGUGGACUUAUUUUUGCCACAGGAGCAUAUAAUGGGACAGUUAAAAUCUGGGACUUUGGCAGCGGGCAGGAGCUGAAGGUGUUGCCAGCAGGGAAAGACUGGAAGGAGGAUGAGCACUGGGUGCAGAGCCUGUUUUUCCUGAAAGCUCAGGGAAAACACGAGAACUUGCUCCUCGCCUUGGAGCGCAAAGGCAAGAUCAAGAUGAUCCAGGGUAAGGAAGACAGUGUUUGUCUGGUGGUGAUAUGGGAGCUGCCUGAUGCCGUGCCUGUCCUCCAUGCGGGGAAUCGCGUUGUGCAUCUGAAGACAUCUCCUAGAGAUAGGAGCAUGGACAGUCCUUUCCCAGACGUUGAGUUGAUAGCUGACAAAAAUUUUUCUCAACAUAUUAAGAAUCCUGACAUCCAUAUGGAAGUAAACUGCAUUGAUUUAUUACAAGUAGAAGGAUAUAAUUUGAUAGCUACUGGAACCUCAAAUGGUGUGAUCAUCUUAUGGAAUUUUGUAACGUCUACUGUCAAAGAAAUGUAUCGACCUGAAGAUCUUGUCGCUGUGGAUGCUGACUUGGAUCCCAAACGCUUUAGAAUUAAUGACAUAUUGUUUCUCUUUCGGACCCCUGAAUGUGCAAGGAGAUCAAGUCAGGAUUCUGUAUGCUUUUCAUCCCUAUGUGACUCUAGUAAGGGUCCACAAAGUAGCAAGGAAAGCAAACAGAGUGUACAUGACAGUGAGGUUAAAGGUGAGCAAACAGAUGUCCCAGUGCGAGAGCAACAGCCAGUGGACAAAAAACAUCCUGGAGACAGCAGUUUAACAGAUGCUCAGCCACCUAUCCUCGUCACUGCUCAUGAGGAUGGCCACCUCCGUUUAUGGACAAUAGAGGGAAAACUACUGAAAGAUAUGCUCCCUUUCACAAAACAUUCUGCCAUUUCUCUGACGUCGCUGUGCACUGAUUCAUGUACCAGAAUACUACUGACCGGAAAUGUGGAAGGACAUGUUACCCUUUGCAGUAUUAGUUCCUUCCUGGAUCCACCUCAUGAUGAAAAGAAAUUCAAGCAGCUGCUUGCCUGGCGUGCCCAUUCUUUAGAAAUUAUUCAAGUUAUCUAUGUAGAAGACAGACAAGUGGUGCUUACUGCCUCCACCGAUGGCUCAGUGAGACUCUGGCAUGCCCUCAAUGGUCAUUAUUGUGGAUAUUUUGGACAAAGAAGAAUCUUUGAAAUAUCAGAGACGAGUGACUUAAUUUUGCCUUGUGAUGUUAAUGAAUAUCCCAUAGAAAUAAAAGAAGAAAGCAAGUUUACAGAAAAGCAGCAAAAAUAUGAAUAUCCUUUGGUAUUUGACCAGCAAAGAUGGAAAAAAAUGAGCUCUGUAUCUUUGGUUUUCAAACGUACACCUCCAAAGGCCUUUGAAGUGGAACAUGAUUUUAAGUUUUUCAAGUCUCUUUCUUCUCCUAAGAUUCGAAGACAUGCCAUAGAAGGUUUCAUGACUGCAAACAGAGAACCAGGAAUUGUUUUUGGUUCUCUGCCUAUAUACAGGAUACCAAGCCCCAAUAGUCUCAGAUUCCUUCCACUCAUUGGUUCAGAAGUACACAGGGACUCUUUAGAUGGAAUUUUAGGAAAGAAGAGGGUAAGUCAUGGUCAACACGAAAAGGCACAGCAGAGAAGAAGUCUGAAAAGAAACUUCAUCCCACAAAUAAAUCUGACUUCGUCCUUCUUUCCAACCAUCCCCAAGUGA